AUGCCCUUAACAUCAACUGAGGUAAAAGUUCAUCAGAGAACACACACAGGAGUGAAGCCUUACUUCUGCUCUGACUGUGGGAAGAGAUUCACAACAUUGCAAGCUCUGACAAUUCAUCAGAGAGUGCACACUGGAGAGAAGCCUUACUCCUGCCUUGACUGUGGGAAAAGUUUCUCCCGAUUGGAUAAGUUAAAAAGUCACCAACUAAUACACAUAGCGAAGCCAUUCUCCUGCUCUGACUGUGGUAAGUGCUUCAAAACAUCAACUGAGGUAAAAGUUCAUCAGAGAACACACACAGGAGUGAAGCCUUACUUCUGCUCUGCCUGUGGGAAGAGAUUCACAACAUCACAAGCUCUGACAAUUCAUCAGAGAGUGCACACUGGAGAGAAGCCUUACUCCUGCUCUGACUGUGGAAAAAGUUUCUCCCGAUUGGAUAAGUUAAAAAGUCACCAACUAAUACACAUAGCGAAGCCAUUCUCCUGCUCUGGCUGUGUUAAGUGCUUCAAAACAUCAACUGAGCUAACAGUUCAUCAGAGAACACACACAGGAGAGAAGCCUUACUUCUGCUCUGCCUGUGGAAAGAGUUUCUCCCGAUUGGAUACCUUAAAAGUACAUGAACGUGUACAUACAGGAGAGAAGCCAUACUCUUGCUCUGACUGCGGAAAAUGCUUCACCACAACAUCUGAUGUAACAGUUCAUCAGAGAACACACACAGGAGAGAAGCCUUACUCCUGCUCUGACUGUGGUAAGUGCUUCAAAACAUCAACUGAGCUAACAGUUCAUCAGAGAACACACACAGGAGUGAAGCCUUACUUCUGCUCUGACUAUGGGAAGAGUUUCUCCCAAUUGGAAAAGUUAAAAUGUCCGCAGCGAAUACAUAUAGACAGUCUCACUUCUGCUCUGACUGUGGGAAGAGUUUCCGAUUUAGAUACCUUUUAAAAUGUCACCAGCGUAUACAUACAGGAGAGAAGCCUCAUCAGUUCUCUCAGACCAGCUAAGAGUAAAGUCAUUACAUCACUUCAUUCUCAUCUCAUGAAUGAAGUGGUAACAGUGAAUUUGAUAACAUUUAAGAAAGAAUAAAACACUAUUGGGAUCCUAUUGUUUCUCACUGUGAGAGAACUGUGCAGAGGAAAGGGAAUGUUAUAGAAUGUUAGCCUCUCUUUACUGAUCAGUGUGCAUCUUGUCAGAUUUGGUGUCUUUUGUUAGCUUCUACUGUAGAGAUAUUGAGAUGACCUUGGAUUUGCCCUUAGGGUUGAAUAUCCUACGAGGCUUCUUACGUUGAAACAAUGUAGUCUGACUGUUGACUGUGUCGUACUCUGUGGGAAUGAGUUAGAUACAACAUGUAUCAGGUAGAGAUGGUUUGAUGAUCAGUUUUCUGUGGGAAUAAGUUAGUAGAUACAACAUGUAUCAGAUAGAGAUGGUGUGAUGAUCCGUUUUCUGUGGGAAUGAGUUAGUAGACACAACAUGUAUCAGAUAGAGAUGGUGUGAUGAUCAGUUUUCUGUGGGAAUGAGCUAGUAGACACAACAUGUAUCAGAUAGAGAUGAUGUGAUGAUCAGUUUUCUGUGGGAAUGAGUUAGUAGACACAACAUGUAUCAGAUUGUGAUUUUCUGUGGGAAUGAGUUAGUAGAUACAACAUGUAUCAGAUAGAGAUGAUGUGAUGAUCAGUUUUCUGUGGGAAUGAGUUAGUAGACAACAUGUAUCAGAUAGAGAAGAUGUGAUGAUCAGUUUUCUGUGGGAAUGAGUUAGUAGACACAACAUGUAUCAGAUAGAGAUGGUGUGAUGAUCAGUUUUCUGUGGGAAUGAGUUAGUAGACACAACAUGUAUCAGAUAGAGAUGGUGUGAUGAUCAGUUCUCUGUGGGAAUGAGUUAGUAGAUACAACAUGUAUCAGAUAGAGAUGGUGUGAUGAUCAGUUUUCACCAUUUAGUUGAUUUUUUUGUUGUUUUGUUUUUCACUACUAAGCAAUUUUUGUUUAGUGAUAUACAUACUUUGAAACGAUAAACAUGUUUAAUAAAUUGUCUUAAAUAGAUGUAUUAUUUUUGUCAUUGAUGAAUGUAUUUGGAUGUCUGCAUUAAACUUAAUUGAUGUGCGAAUGAAAAAUAAAUAUUCUACUUGAA